CCGCCGCCUCCUCUCUGUCCCCUCGCGUCCCUGGGAGUGUGGACUGGGCUGUCCGGGGGGCUUCCACGAACCUGACCUCUCCUCCCGGAGAAAAAAGAAAAAGUCGGGGGCAGCCCCUGGAGCGCGCGGAGAACUCCGAUCCCCCCCAACGGGGCAACUCAGGCUGCGGACCAGCCCGGGCGGGGCCCCGGUGCGUCGUGCCUGUCGCCGCUCGUGUCCGGAACGGCGGCCCGGCCGUCCGCUCGGCGCCCCGGGGACCCCCACCCCGAGCCGGAGCGGCUCCCUUGCCGUCGCGGGACCUGGCCGCGGCCUGCAGCGCCCGAACCCCGGGGAAUGCAGUGGCCCCCGGCCCCUGGCGCCUCCCCGUGCCUGGCCUGGGCCUCCUCGCUCGCCUGCUCCGCGGCCACGACGCUCCUGAGCCGCGCCGGCCGGGCCCCCCUCAUGGCGGCCAAGUGGUUCAAGGAGUUUCCUCUGAACCUGAAGACCGUGUCCGAGCGCGCCAGGCCCGGCGGCGCGGGCAGCGCCAAGCUGCGCAAGAACUCGGAGGCGGGCGGUGCGGGGCCCGCGGCGGGCAAGGGCCGCAAGAACUCGGCGGCCGAGCUGGGGGCCGGCCGGCCGGGCGGCGCGCCCCCCAAGGACAGCCGGCUGUCCCGGGACAGCCUGCAGGGGCUGAUCCAGGCCGCCGCGGGCAAGGGCCGCAAGAACUCGCGGGCCACGGACGACGAGCCCCACCGGGGCGCCAGUAAGAGCUCGGGCUGCAGCACCUACAUCAACAGGCUCAUUAAGGUGGACACGCAGGAGAAGGGCGCCAAGGGCGCGUACCCGGGCGGCGCGGGUGGCAGCACCAGUAGCAGCAGCAGCUGCUCUUCCUCGGCGUCCUCUUCCCCAUCCUCCCUGGGCCCUGACCUGGACAAGGGCAAGGCUGUGAAGCAGCAAGACACGGUCAUCAUCCUGGAAGACUAUGCAGACCCUUACGAUGCCAAGCGAACCAAAGGCCAGAGGGACGCCGAGAGAGUUGGUGAGAAUGAUGGCUACAUGGAGCCAUAUGACGCGCAGCAGAUGAUAACAGAAAUUCGCCGUCGUGGCUCCAAAGAUCCCCUGGUGAAGGCCCUUCAGCUGCUGGACGGCCCGUGCGAGCCAGGGGAGCAGGGCCCGAAGGGGGACACGCUGGCCCGGAGGAGGGGCUCCAAGGAGCUGCUGGGGAAGGCCCCCCAGCUGUACGACACGCCCUAUGAGCCCACGGACGGGGCUGCCCCCAGGGCCGAGGGCAAGGCCAGGGCCCCCGACAGCCAUGGCCGGCUGCCUGAGAACGACGGGAGGCCUGCAGCCGAGUACGAGCAGCCCUGGGAGUGGAAGAAGGAGCAGAUCGCCCGGGCACUGUCGGUUCAGUUUGAAGGCGCAGAGCGGCCGUGCGCCAAGGAGGAGACGGGGAGGCAGCAUCUCCGCCAGAAGAGCUGGACCCAGAAGAUCCUGAAGCCAGCGCUGCCCGACCACAGCGAGGGGGAGAGAGUGGACCCCUCCUUGCCCCUGGAGAAGCAGCCCUGGUACCAUGGGGCCAUCAGCCGAGCGGAGGCCGAGAGCCUGCUCCAGCCCUGCAGGGAAGCUGGGUACCUGGUUCGGAACAGCGAGUCGGGGAACAGUCGGUACUCCAUUGCGCUGAAGACAAGUCAAGGAUGUGUCCACAUCAUCGUGGCCCAGACCAAGGACAACAAAUACACCCUGAAUCAGACCAGCGCCGUCUUUGCCAGCAUCCCGGAAGUGGUACACUACUAUUCCAACGAGAAGCUGCCCUUCAAGGGGGCGGAGCACAUGACUCUUCUCUACCCAGUGCACAGCAAAGUGCACUAGGGGUCAGUCCCAGGGAGCCGCUCAGGGCAAGGUGGCUGCACCCAGGCAUUGCACCUGCGGAUGGAGGACAAAGGCUGGGAACACGCCUCCG